AUGCCGUCGCUACUCGUCCACUCGCUGUUUGCGCGCCAGAAUCCGCUGGAUGAGGCCAAGAACACGCUCAGUUCAUGGGACAACUGCAUGGCCAAGGCCUACUGCAACGGCAGUGGUGGAAGAGGCCAUAAGCGCGUCAAGAGCGAUCCCGCUGCGCCGUAUCCCACGCCAUAUGGAGCGCCUCCUCCUCCCAUGAACCCCUACGCUCAGGCGCAUGCCGCUGCGCCGCCUCCUCCGCCAAUCGACCACCGCCCGGUCAAUCAGCAGUAUCGCUCCAACGCCAUGCCCACCUUCGCGCCAGCCGCGCAGCCCGAGAGACCGCAGUUCGCGACUUUCGAUUCGACAAGAGCCGUCGUCAACGAAGACUCCCUGCCCGCAAUGCCUACAUGGAAAGACGGGCGCGACGUCCAUGUUCAAGUCGAGGAACAGCCUGCGCCUCAGAAGCAAGGCGACAUGGAAAUGGACAGGCUAGACCGCAACGGCAGUCCAAUAAGCGGAUCGAUGGCAGGCGUAGCAGCGGCAGCCGUGCCAGCAUCAAGACGGUCGCCUGGCCCGGGCCGGUCCCCGGUAUCGCCAAUGGACAACUACGGUCAGGGCUACCCUCAAAGCGGAUACCAAACCGAUUCUUUCGUCAGCGAAGGAGCCCCGUUGGACGGCCAGGGUGCAUACGGCCGACCAUACGCGCAGCAGGACGACUAUCGCAGAGGUUCGCCAGGGCACAACCUAUCACCAGUCUACAGCGCAAACGAAGGAUACGCGCCACAGCAGCAGCAGCAGCAGCAGCAGCAACAACCCUACGGCCGCCGCUCGCCAGGCGCUCCCCAAGCCUACGACUCCCACGACCAGCUCAGUCAAUACAACCAGCAACCUUCUUACAACCAACAAGCUCCCUACAACCAACAACCUACCUACAAUCAACCACAAACCUACGACCAACGCGACUACUACGACGAACCCGACCAUCGCCACCAGUCCCCCUCCCCACCCGCCGCAAACCCCUACGCCUACAACACCGACCCCUCCGCGUCGUACGAUACCUACACGCCCCCGCCAGCACCAGCAGCUUUACAGCCCGGCUACGCAGCUUCCGAGUCAACAAACCAUGGCUCCUUCACAAAUGCGGCGCCAGCAUACCCAGGGCAGAGGUCGUAUACGCCCGUGGCUGGAAGCGUGGGACAGCAGCAGCAGCCAUAUCGCGCUUUCACACCGGGCGCGGAACAGCAACAACUACCACAGCAGCAGUAUACUGGAGUUAGUAGAAAACCUGUUGAGGGGUCUUUUAGGGAAAUAUAG